AUGUCCGACAUCCGCGAGGAACGGACCCCCGGCCAGGGCCACGGCCACGGCCAGGACGGCGUCUUCUCGAGCGAGAAGUCCGCUCCUUUCGUCCAAACCAACUUUGACGAGGGCGACUUCAAUGGCCACGUCGAGAAGGACCUGAACGUCACCGAGGACGACCUCCUCGAGGCCAAGGAGCUCGCGUCGCAGCUGUCCCUCGAGGAGGUGCGCGAGAUGAUGUUCAACGUGCACAAGAUCCACGAGAAGGACCCCAACUUCCCGCUCGCCAUCAUCGAGAAGAUCGAGGACUUCCUCGCCAACGACGACGUGUUCGAGAACCCCGAGAAGCACGAGACGCUGAUCCAGGAGAUGAAGCUCGAGGCCGCCCUCAUCACCGGCAACUCGCCCUACGCCGAGGUCCGCGCCGUCGUCGACAACCACGACGACCCGACCAUGCCCGUGUCGACCAUCCGCGCCUGGACCAUCGGCCUGGUCUUCUCCGCCCUGCUCGCCUUCGUCAACCAGCUCUUCUCCGUCCGCUACCCGUCCAUCACCAUCCUGGCCAACGUCGCCCAGCUGCUCGCCUACCCCUUCGGCAAGCUCUGGGAGAAGACCCUCCCGGACGUCGGCUUCACCCUGGCCGGCCAGCGCAUCUCGCUCAACCCGGGCCCCUUCAACCGCAAGGAGCACAUGCUCAUCACCAUCAUGGCCAACGUUGCCUACAACAUCCCUUACACCAACUACAUCAUCUGGACUCAGUGGCUUCCCAAGUUCUUCAACCAGUCGUGGGCCUCCAACUUUGGCUACCAGCUCCUCAUCUCGCUGUCCACCAACUUCAUCGGAUACGGUCUCGCCGGCCUCUGCCGUCGCUUCCUCGUCUACCCGUCCUACUGUGUCUGGCCCGCCUCCCUCGUCACCAUCGCCUUGAACUCGGCCUUCCACACCGACAAGAACUCGGCCGUUGACGGGCCCUUCCGCACCGUCUGGCGCGCCAGCCGACAGAAGUUCUUCUACAUGGCCUUCGCCGCCAUGUUCGUCUGGUUCUGGUUCCCCAACUACCUGUUCACCGCUCUGUCCUCCUUCAGCUGGAUCACGUGGAUCGCUCCCAAGAGCCGAAACCUCGCGACGGUGACUGGCUUCAACAGCGGUCUCGGUAUCAACCCCUGGCCUACCUUUGACUGGAACAUCCUCCUGUACGACAACACCGACCCCCUGAUGGUCCCAUUCUUCUCGACCUUCAACAAGUUCCUCGGCGCCUUCUUCUCCAUGUUCAUCGUCUUGGCCAUCUGGUACACCAACACCUACAACACGGGAUACCUGCCCAUCAACUCCAACAAGGUCUACGACCACUUCGGCUCCCUCUACAACGUGUCCCGCGCCGUCAACGAGCACGGCCUCUUCGACAAGGAGGCCUACGAGGCCUACUCGCCCCCCUUCCUCGGCGCCGCCAACGUCAUGGUCUACAUGUUCUUCUUCGCCAUCUACACCGCCACCAUCACCUACGCCUUCCUCUACCACCGCCACGAGAUCGUCCUCGGCUUCAAGGCCCUGGUCGGCAGCUUCAGGAAGAACAGCGAUGUCGAGAAGGACCAGGUCCUCGAUGUCCACAACCGUCUCAUGAAGGUCUACCCUGAGGUCCCCGAGUGGUGGUACCUGACCACAGCCGUCGUUGCCGCCGGUCUCGGAUGUGCCGGAAUCGCCGCGUGGCCCACGUACACGACGGUGGGCGUCGUCUUCUACGGUAUCAUCCUCUGCCUCAUCUUCGUCGUCCCCGUCGGCAUCAUCAAGGCCAUGACCGGUAUCGAGGUCACCCUCAACGUCCUCGCCGAGUUCAUCGGUGGUUCCUGGGUCGAGGGCAACGCGCUGGCCAUGAACUUCUUCAAGUCCUUCGGCUACGUCACCUGCGCCCACGCCGUCUGGUUCUCCAACGACCUGAAGCUCGCCCACUACGUCAAGAUCCCGCCCCGCCACACCUUUUGGGCUCAGAUGAUUGCCACCUUCAUCUCGACGCUCGUCUGUCUUGCCGUCCUCAAGUUCCAGUUCUCCAUCGAGAACAUCUGCACCGAGGAUGCCGCCAACAAGUUCACGUGUCCCGGCGUCAACACCUUCUUCACCGCCUCCGUCCUCUGGGGUACCGUCGGCCCCAAGAAGAUCUGGGGCGCUGGUGGCCAGUACACAGCGACCCUCCUCGGAUUCCCCCUCGGCGUCUUCAUCGUCCUCUUCUUCUGGGGCCUCAACAAGACCUUCCCCAAGUGGAAGUGGGUUCGCCAGAUCCACCCCGUUGCCAUCAUGUACGGAUGCCUCGUCUGGGCUCCUUACAACAUGUCCUUCGUCUGGCCUUCCGUCCCCAUCGCGUACUUCUCCUGGGUGUUCCUCAAGGGUCGUUUCUUGGGUUUUUGGUCCAAGGUAAGCCUCCUCCCGAUCUCCAUUACACCGGUCAUUUUGACUUCGGUUGCUGACAUUGAUCCCCAGUACAACUUCGUUCUCUCUGCCGCCUUCUCUUGCGGUAUUGCCAUCUCCGGCAUUGUCAUGUUCUUCGGCCUUCAGUGGCAGGACGUUGAGAUCGACUGGUGGGGCAACAGUGUCGUCUCGGAUGGUUGCGAGGGCAAGGCAUGCCGCCUCCUCACUCUCGCCGAGGGCGAAUACUUUGGCCCCCGUAUCGGCGACUUCCAUUAG